ACCUUUCUUAUUGUGCGUUUAUCCAAGCCGGGAAAAAGAAGAAAGAAAUAGAUUCCGCCAGAUAUCACCUCAAAGGGAUUUGGAUAACCGAGACAUGGCAAUGGAUGAUGAUGGCGACUACCAAAGCUUUCGAUCUGGCGAUCAGGUGGUUCGUAUCCGUACAGCCGUCCAUCCGACAUUAGGUCAUCGGUUUAUUAUCUGGAACGACAUCACACAUUGCUUUCCAGGGGUGAUCCGUAUUCAACACGGUGAUAUUUUUGUAUCUCUGAUCAGGGAUGAGCGACUCUCAUAGAGUCAGGCCGCAUGGAAUAAAGUAUCACCCGGGUGUUCUGCUGGAUGUUAUUUAUGGGCAAACAUCCCUCUCAACAAAUCAAUUCCUCUCUACGGAGUCAAAGUCAUCACUCAUUCGCAACUAUACGCCAUUCUCAUUUUCAAGCUCAACAGCUGAGGCGGAUCAGGGUUCUGAUUUUGACGAGGAUGCAUUAUCGAACGUGACGACAGCUGCUGCCAUGAAUAAACUGACGACGACAACAGUCUCCAAUGAUCUACUCACUGCACCUAAUACCUUCGACUUACAAGCUCAAUCCUCAGCGGCCACAGUUAGAUUGUCUGAUACCCUAGCCGCUGAAGAAGCUUACCGGCCAGCUAUUACAGUUAAUGAUCCCGAUCCUGUCAUGACCCCCUCGGCCAGCGAACCCUCAACGCCAACGCUCAAGCCCAACGCUACUGCUCCUAUGACAAAAGUUAUUAUCAACGAUACCAAUCAAAGCGGCGAUACAAAGAAUUGUUCCUUGGAUAAGUCAUCUGAUUAUGAACACCUAAGGGUCUCCUUACCAGAGGAAGUUUACAAUCUCCUUGAGCCUAUAUUUAGAGCAUUGCGAGAAGUCGACGCCGCUAUGGAUAUUAUUUCAAGUGGUGUACUGGGUGCUGUAGAGAAAGAGACUUUGCUUGAAGCGCAGGUGCUGGCCCAUACUCGCCUAAAGACCAUGGUGGACAAAAUGGUAGCGGCCUACGGCAGCGUAGCUCAUGAAAAGAUUCUGCCCGAAAGCAAAGAGGAACAAAAAAGAGAACAGAAUUCCCGACAAGAACAAAAAUCAGGAAAAGGACAAGUGCGGUUGAAGUUGUUAAAGCAGCUGCAGCCAAAUUUAAGGGCACAGAUUUCACAUCUCGAGCACCAGACUAGUGCAUCACCACGACCUUUGAAAUUGGAGUCGGAACUGACGCUGGUUCGGACAUCAGCCAAUGAUCCAAUUCUCUCAAGUCCCGAAAUUAAGCAAAAAUCCUCAGCGAUGAAGGCGGACAUGAAUGAAAUUAAUUCUCAAUCCCAAGCUCUAGAUCAAGGGCGGCCAUCAUCAGUUGACAGAGAAGAGCAACCAAUGAUGGACUCGAAUCAAGGAUCGGCCAUUCAGCAGCAACAAGAGUCAGUAGUAGGACAGGAUCAGGAUCCAUCGCUAAUUGCAUCAACAACCAGUACAAUAGCAACCUCAACAACCGUUAACAGCUCAUGGGCUAUACAAUCCGAAGGACUUAAGAAGGAGAUCACCAGACUGGCUGCCAUGAAACAACGAGCCAAUGACCGAUUGGAAUUCAGAUUGCGAAAGGGAACGCUGACGUCGGAUGACAAAGCGGUCGCAGAUGAAAGGGAAGGUAUCGAAUUAGAAUUAGAGUUAAUCGAGGAGAAGCAGCGGAAACUUUUUGGGCAACUCUAUCAGAUCCGCCAGAAGCGAAUGUGGGGAACAACUUCAACUUUCCCCUCAGAGAAUGGAGGCACGUGUGAGCAGGAUUCGCCAAAGUGUGAGCAACAAAAUCAGAAAGAAACCAACGAUCCAGCUGAAGAGGAACCAGGGGAUGACAGAAAGGGCAGCAACUCCACCCUGAAAACUCCGAUUAGGACGAAAGAGAUGAUAUUCGAGCAAGGGCGCGCAUCGCUCACAAUGUCAGCUUUUGAGGUUCAAAGGACACACGGCGCUUAUAGCCAUUGUUCAUCAUGGGAAGAAAGAGCUAGGAGCAUUGAGAAGGCUGUCCAAGCAAUGUGGACUGAGGAGGGAGGCUUACCUAUCUGUCACCUGAGCAUCGUAGAUGUUGUUGCUCAUAGAGGGAAAGAUAUUCUGGCUCAACGCUACGGUUGGCUUGAUAGCCCAUGUCCUCAUCUAUUUGUCUUACUGCCGUGCUCAGAUGAUUAUAGUGAUCGCACUACAAAGACGGCUUUGAAAUGGCAAGACUUUAUGGUCUGCUUCCUCUGCGAAUGUGGCGAUCUUCCUUGCAAGGUCGACAAUGUGACCAUGCCUUGUUCCAAUAGGCGCGAUGGAAAUGCAGACACAUGUCUUUGCCUUCCUCACAUAGAUUUCGACAAUAUUGGUCACACACUUUCAAAGGACGCUAAAGAACUUGGUCCUCAUAUGAUGGCUGUCCUUGAGAUGCUUCUGUAUGGGGUUACGAUCGAAGGUGCUGUCAAGAUGGCGCCAAUCGAGGAUAAUGAUGAGCGCAAGAAAAUCAUGUUAUCGAUUCAAUUCUUGAUGGAGCAGGGUGUAGAGACUAGUCAUCAGUUAAUUAGUAGAGGUUAUACGUCCCUGAAUGACAUUCAAGUCAUUGCACCCCUGACAGGAGCACAAUUAACAGAUUUCUACCGAACAGGAGGCCUCUCUCUUCGUCGGCCGAUACCUGACUUUUCUGCUUUCAGAUCAUUGGAGGGUGACCUGCGCUGGUUGUGUUAUAAACAUUAUCAUAUGCACAAACCAUUAGCCGCACAAAAGCUCCUAUCUCAAUUCAAAGAUCAUCCAGACUCAAAGCUAUGUUGCCUUCAUGUUGGGUUAGGCUCACUUGUCGCCACGAUCAGGACGAGGGAGCGUGCAAAGGAGUUCUUUGACAUAGUUCAGCAAAUGGUUGCAAUACCUGCUGUUUCGGUUUUCUUGGAUUGGGACUUUACGACGAUGGAUGUCUUGGAUCUAUUGGGUAGGAUUCCUUCACUCUCAGUAUCUUGUCUCAAGAUUUAUAUCCGUGAGCACGAUUUUCAGGAGAAAGAUGAAAUCUUUGGGCACCGAUACCACUAUCUCAUCCUGGUGGCAAUCAAGAACAAGAACAUACAGGCGUGUGCAAUCGAGCGUCGUGCUGCAGGAGGUGAGAACACGGACACAGUAGACGAAUUAUUUACAUAUAAAGGUGUAAUGUACCUUGACCCUAUUGUAGCCUGGUUCACUCGGGAGUCAAUGUCACCUAAAGUUCAGCUUGGUAUUUUGGUCGCGGAUCUAAGCAGCGCUGCCAAUGCGAUUCGGAUGGGCUUACGAGGAUUUCAUACGUUAUCUAAACUCACGUUGGAGGCCUCCUAUUGGGACCACAUUCACAUUGAGUUUGGUCAAGAAAAGACAAAAGGAGACGAUGCUAAAGAAGAAUCGGAAGAAGAAGAGGAGGAUGAGAACUACGCGACCGAGAGUCAGGUGAAUUUUUUCAAUAGGCGACAGAAUGAUGCUAUCACUGUGAGAACGUAUCACUCGGGUAAUAACGAGUACUUGUUGACCCACGCGUUGAAGGAGGUUAAUAUUCGGAUCUCAUUUCCUGAAGAUGGACCACGCAUCCGAGAGCUGAUUAAGAACAACAAAAGAUUAAAAAUGCUGGAGCUUGUGAUCGCCUGCAAAGACGAUCCAUGCCAAGUGUUUGAAUACUUCAAAGCUCUCAUGCACAACCACCCAAGUAUGGAAUCAUUACAUCUUUGCAAGGAUUGGGGCAAGACCAACAAGUCAACAUUUGUUUGGUACGGUGUCUCUGACAGAUCCAAAAUGACGCUUUCGAUCAUGAGCUAUCUGGAGGACAAGAUUGGGCCUCUCUUGCAAAAGUUUGGCGCUUGUCUGCUACAACUAUUUAUCAACAACAUCAAUGCUACAGAUGCUGCUAUCCUUGAAAAAGUCACUCGGUCAAGGAAGGGUCAGCUCAAGCUAGCAACUAUUGCGCUUGUGGACCUAUUUACGAUUGCUACGUCCUCAUUAGAUGAACUCGCCAAGGUGGUAUUACGGACGCCGUUGCAGCAGUUCCGACUCACAGGGACAGUUAUCUCAAAGAAUGCGACUCGUGUCAGCGAGUUCAUGGCCAAGGUUGCGACCAAGAUUACAGAAAUUCAUUUCUAUGGUGAGUCUACGAAGGCGGUCCUUACAGAAUUGGAAAAACGCAUGCCUGAGUCCUCCAAUAUGGUGUUACUCCAAGAACUGAGGCUCAGUGGGCCAUUUGCGGCAGCAACGAAGGAUCUGACCUGGACUCGGUCGCUUCUGAAUAAAACUCAACAACCACUCAAGACUAUUGAACUACAUAAAGUCAAUCUCAGCCACCAAGGCUGGAUGACACUGGCGCAGGAAAUUGACUUUAAGCGACUCAAAUAUCUUCGGAUUGGUCCUGAUACCCCUAUGAAAAAUGAAGCCAUCAGAGCAUUUGUCAUGGCUGUACCGUUGGAAAGUGAACUGGAGAACUUUCAUCUAGAUAGUGAUGGGUUGCCAAAAGCGUAUGGCCUAGCGUACAAGAACAUCUUGAUGCCGCAGUUAAAGAAAAAGACGGCACUAGUGAGCAUUGGGAGACAUUUUUAGAUCGAGAGAAGAAUAAAAUAAAAAU